AUGGCCCCCAAACCCACCACUUCCAUGUUGACUUACUCCUUCUCACCUUAUUUGCAGAGAUAUAUUUCUGGAGCCCAAGACUAUAAGGUAUCUCUGAAAACCAAGGGGCAGGUGCUGCGACCUCGACCUGGCCAUUAUGUUUAUGUGGACACCUCCUUUGCCAAACCAGGGGAGAAAGCCGUGCUGCUCAGCUCUGACUUACAGGCGGAGGAAUGGAGCUGUCUCCGCCUGGUCUAUCAGAUAGCCGCGUCCUCGGGGGCUCUGUCAGAUUCCAGCCAGCUGAGCCUCCAUGUGAGAUUUGAAGAUGAAACUUUUGAUCGCUUGCUUUGGUCCACCAAGGAGCCCUCAGACAGCUGGCUCAUCGUCAGCCUGGAUCUGCAAGACAGUCCCAAGAAAUUCAAAAUUUUAGUAGAGGGUGUCCUAGGACGGGGAAACUCAGCCAGCAUUGCCCUCUUUGAAAUCAAGAUGACAACCGGCUACUGCAUCGAAUGCGACUUUGAGGAGAACCAUCUCUGUGGCUUUGUGAACCGCUGGAACCCCAACGUGAACUGGUUUGUUGGAGGAGGAACGACUCGGAACACCCACUCCAACCUCCCAAAGGACCACACUUUCAAGAGUGAGCUGGGCCACUACAUGUACGUGGACUCCGUGUACGUCAAACACUUUCAGGAAGUGGCACAGCUGGUUUCCCCCGUGACCACAGCUCCCAUGUCCGGCUGCCUGUCAUUCUAUUACCAGCUCGAGCAAAGGAACGACAAUGUCUUCUCCCUGUAUACUCGGGACGUGGCGGGCCUGUAUGAAGAGAUCUGGAAAGUGAACAACCCGGGGAAUGCCGCCUGGAACCUGGCCGAGGUGGAGUUCAGCGCUCCUUAUCCCAUAGAGGUUAUUUUUGAAGUUGCUUUCAAUGGUCCCAAAGGAGGAUAUGUUGCCCUGGAUGAUAUUUCUUUCUCACCUGUUCACUGCCAAAAUCAGACAGGGCUUCCUUUCAGUGCUGUGGAAGCAAGCUGUAAUUUUGAGGAAGAUUUCUGCAAAUUUUACCAAGAUAAAGAAGGUCUUGGUUGGACCCGGGUAAAAGUAAAGCCUAACAUGUAUCGGGCUGGCGACCACACUACUGGUUUCGGGUAUUACUUGCUGGCCAAUACCAAGUUUACAUCUCAGCCUGGCUACAUUGGAAGGCUCUACGGUCCCUCUCUACCAGGAAACUUGCAGUAUUGCCUACGUUUUCAUUAUGCCAUCUCUGGGUUUUUGAAAAUGAGCGACACUCUCGCAGUUUAUAUCUUUGAGGAAAACCACAUGGUUCAAGAGAAGAUCUGGUCUGUGCUCGAGUCCCCGCGAGGUGUGUGGAUCCAGGCUGAAAUCUCUUUCAAAAAGCCCAUGCCAACCAAGGUGGUUUUCAUGAGCCUAUGCAAAAGUUUUUGGGACUGUGGACUUGUAGCCCUGGAUGAUAUUAUGAUACAGUUAGGAAGCUGCAGGUCUCCAGAAAGACUUCCACCUCCACCUGGAGAGUGUACUUUCGAUCAAGAUGAAUGUGCAUUUACGCAGGAGAAAAGGAACCCGAGCAGCUGGCACAGGAGAAGGGGUGAAACUCCCACCUCCUACACAGGACCCAAGGGAGAUCAUACUACUGGGGUAGGUUACUACAUGUACAUUGAAGCUUCUCAUAUGGUGUAUGGACAAAAGGCCCAGCUCUCAUCCAGGCCUCUGCGAGGGGUCCCCGGAAAACACUGCUUGAUUUUCUUCUACCACAUGUACGGAGCUGGGACCGGCCUGCUGAGUGUGUAUUUGAAAAAGGAAAAAGAGAGCGACACAUCUCUAUUAUGGAGGAGAAGAGGGGAGCAGAGCAUUUCCUGGCUACGAGCUCUGGUUGAAUACAGCUGCACAAGGCAAUACCAGAUAAUUUUUGAAGCCAUCCGAGGAGUUUCAAUAAGAAGUGAUAUUGCCAUUGAUGAUAUUAAAUUUCAGCCAGGACCUUGUGCAGAAAUGGAAGAUACACCUCAACAGUCAUCAGGAUAUUCUGAAGAUUUAAAUGAAAUUGAAUAUUAAGCGAUGAUCUGAGUUGGAUGAAUUAGACAGAAGCUGUACCUCUCUUCAGUCACAAUGAAAACCAAGCAAAGGAAUACUGGACAGUCUUAACCAUUUCAUAAGUUAUGAAAUGACUUUAAAGCACCCCUUUUCAUUUCUUUUGCAAAAAAUUCUGACUCAGGGCUUUUAUUUCUUGCAUUUGACAACUGUUUCUUGAAGUACAGGCUACUUGUCUUGCCUAGAUUAUUCAUCUUAAUUUUGGUAGCAGUUAAAAUACAAAUGUGCUAUGUUGUAGCCAUUAAAAAUACAAAUAAAGGGCACAGUCAGAAUGAGUGCUCUUAAAUCUGCAUUCAGUGAAUGUACAGAAAAAGAAUAGAUCUUGUGGGUUUCCUCUUAAAUUUCAAAUGUCAUAAGUAUUUGUAAAAUAAAUAAUGUGAGGUGCCGGGAAUAUCUUCAGAAUGAAUGCAGUAUUUCAUGGUAACAAGUGAUUCUGGAAAAAAAUCAAAUAUUAUUCUCUAUGUUUUAUUCAUAGAAAGAGGAUUAAUUUUUAAUAUUUAUACCAUAUAUGAUCACAAAGGAGCUUUUAUAAAGUCCCAGAGUAAGUCAGCAUUAAUUAAUGUUGUGGUACAAGAAAAUGCUACCUUUUUUCUCCCUUUGAAGUACCUUUGAAAAUCACCAAGCACAUGAAUUGAAAUUGCACUCUUAUUUUAUAAAGCAGGCUUGAAAAAUGUUGAUGCUCACAUAUCCAACAAUUUUUUAUAAAUCUUUUGAUUGAUCCUUAUAAUACUUGUUUGGGUAAAGUUUUGAGUAGUAUGAAUACAACCAAAUAUGCUAAACUACUGCUUUUUAUUUACUCCUUUAGAGAAUGAUGUGCAUGUGUAUAUGUGUGUGUUUGUGUGAAAAUAUAAAAUGACUUAAUAAAAAAUAAUUUGAAAA